GCGUCUCGCCCCGGCCCCGGGCUCCUGGUCCUGCAGCCGCUCUGCACCCUCCUCCCGGCCCCUGGCCUGGCUCAUCCCACCUCCGGCCCCACAGAAGCCCUGGUGAGGCAUGCGGUGCGGGCUGAGGCUACACAGACCACGGCUGCUUCGGAGCUGCCGGCCCGGGAGACAUGCCUGUCUGUGGCUCUCCAGGUCCCAGGCGUCUGGGUGACACAUGAUCCCGUACGGAGUCGGGGUGCCUCGCCUCGGGUCUCACCGGCAGGUGGAGGCAUUCUGGGCGAGACCCCUUCCUCUUGUUGGGGCCUUUCCUGAACAGGUGUUGGCGGGACCUGGGAGACGCCGAUGAGACCGCCAUGGCCUUCCCGAGGGGCCGGUGCUGAAGACGCCCCCGCCUGGUCGCCGUUCGAGCCGACGCCACGGCCAGCGCCAGGACCUAAAUGCCCCAGUGCUCUCGGGGCACACGGGGCCGGGAGCCGCUGUCGCCGGGGCAGGCCGUGAAGCCAUGGGCAACGCGGAGAGCCAGAGCGUGGAGCACGCGUUCUACGGGGAGAAGCGCGCGAGCCUGGGGCGCAAGCACACGUCGCGCUCCCUGCGCCUGUCGCACAAGGCGCGGCGCUCCCGCCACGCGGCCUCGGGGAAGGCGCCGCCGCGGCGCGUGGAGGCGAGCGCGCGGUCCAGCAGCACCCCCAGCCUCCCGCAGGCGCUGGCCGAGAACGGCCUGGAGCCCUUCGCUGCCGAGGGCGCUCUCGAGGGCUUCGGGGACCCCAUGUGGGCGGACCGCGUGGAGAUGGGCCUGAGACCCGUGUCCUACACCGACUCCUCCGUGGCCCCCAGCGUGGACAGCAGCAUCGUGCUCGCGGCCGCCUCGGUGCAGAGCAUGCCCGGCUCGGAGGAGAGCCCGCCCUACCCGGCGGAGGUGGCGCCCUGCCCGGUGGAGGGGGGCCGCCGCCCGCGCCCCUGCGCCUGCCCUGCGCCCACCUUCGCCGACGCGGCCGGCUUCAAGAAGAAGCGCUCCAAGUCAGCGGACAUCUGGCGGGAGGACAGCCUGGAGUUCUCGCUGUCCGACCUGAGCCAGGAGCACCUGAGCAGCCACGAGGAGAUGCUGGGCUCCGCCGAGGAGCGGGACUGCGAGGAGGCGCGGGGCGCGGACGCCCGGGCGGGACCCCGACCGCUCAGUGCGGGCCCGCGCGCCAACUCCCUGGGCGACCUGUGCGCCCCGAACAGCCGCGGGGUGACGGCCCACGGGGGGCCCGGCGGGCGGUGCGCGGGCUACUGCCGGGACCUGGCGUUGGAUACGCCCCGCCGCUCGCACCGCCAGGCACCCCUCGCGGAGGAGGCGCCCUACACCUACAGCGCCUGCAGCGCCUACAACACGCUGCCCUGCCGGCGCUCGCACUGCCUGUCCGAAGGGGCCACCAACGCGCAGCUCAGCCUCAGCGGCAGCCUGCAGGGCCGCAGGGCCAGGACCGCGCAGGAUGUCAACGCGGGCGAGGGCAGCGAGUUCGCCGACAGCGGGAUCGAAGGGGCCGCCACCGACCCGGACCUGCUGUCCCGGCGCUCCAACGCCACGCACUCCAGCUACUCGCCGCCGCCCGGCCGCGCCUUCGUGGGCAGCGACAGCGGCAGCAGCAGCGCGGGGGACGCGGCGCGCCAGGGCGUCUACGAGAACUUCCGCCGGGAGCUGGAGCUGAGCGCCAGCCGCGAGAGCCCCGAGGACGCGGGCUCCGCGCACAGCGACGAGCGCUCCAGCGGCGCCCCCAGCUCGCCCGGCCGCUCGGACGACGCGCUGCGGGCGGCGGCGCGGGGCACGGUGCGCAAGGCGGGCGCGCUGGCCGUCAAGAACCUGCUGGUGCACAAGAAGAGCCGGAAGGUGGAGCCCGCCGCGCGCCGGCGCUGGAAGCACUACUGGGCCUCCCUCAAAGGGUGCACACUCCUCUUCUACGAGAGCGACGGCAGGUCGGGCAUCGAGCCGGGCAGCGUCCCCAAGCACGCCGUGUGGGCGGAGGGCGGCGUCGUGCAGGCCGUGCCCGAGCACCCCAAGAAGGACUACGUCUUCUGCCUCAGCAACGCCCUGGGCGACGCCUUCCUCUUCCAGACCACCAGCCAGACGGAGCUGGAGAACUGGAUCACCGCCAUCCACUCGGCCUGCUCGGCCGCCGUCGCCAGGCACCACCACAAGGAGGACACGCUCCGCCUCCUCAAGUCGGAGAUCAAGAAGCUGGAGCAGAAGAUCGACAUGGACGAGAAGAUGAAGAAAAUGGGCGAGAUGCAGCUGUCGGCCGUCACCGACUCCAGGAAGAAGAAGACCAUCCUGGACCAGAUCUUCGUCUGGGAGCAGAACCUGGAGCAGUUCCAGAUGGACCUGUUCCGCUAUCGCUGCUACCUGGCCAGCCUGCAGGGCGGCGAGCUGCCCAACCCCAAGCGGCUGCUCGCCUUCGCCAGCCGCCCCACCAAGGUGGCCAUGGGGCGCCUGGGCAUCUUCUCCGUGUCGUCCUUCCACGCCCUGGUGGCCGCCCGCACCGCCGAGACGGGCGUGAGGCGGCGCACGCAGGCCAUGUCGCGCUCCACCAGCAAGCGCCGCAGCCGCUUCUCCUCGCUCUGGGGCCUGGACACCGCCUCCAAGAAGAAGCAGGGGCACCCGAGCAUCAACCAGGUGUUCGGCGAGGGGCCCGAGGCGGUCAAGCAGGCGCUGGAGGAGGCCUUCGACGACGCCGUCCCCGAUGACAAGAUGGAGAAGGAGAUGGUCUUGCCCAUCGCCCACCAGCAGAACCCCGACUGUGACAUGUGGGUCCAUGAGUAUUUCACGCCGUCCUGGUUCUGUCUGCCCGACAACCGGUCCGUGCUGACGGUCGUGCGGCCUGGAGACUCCGCCCGGGACACGCUGGAGGGAGUCUGCAAGACGCACCAGCUGGACCCGGCUGCCCACUACCUGCGGCUGAGGUUCCUCGUGGAGAACAGACUGCAGGUCUACGUGCCGCAGCCCGAGGAGGACGUGUACGAGCUGCUGUACCAGGAGAUCGAGAUCUGCCCCAAGGCCACGCGGAGCCUGCAGGUGGAGAAGUCGGACGCGGCCGGGGACAGCUACGGCUUCUCCCUCUCCUCCGUGGAGGAGGACAGCGUCCGAAGGCUCUACGUGAGCAGCGUGAGGGACACGGGGCUGGCGGCCAAGAAAGGCCUGAAGGUGGGAGAUGAGAUUCUCGAGAUCAACAAUCGCGUGGCCGCCACCCUGAGCCCCGCGGCCCUCAGGGACUUCCUCUCGCAGCCCAGCCUGGGCCUCCUGGUGCGGACGCGCCCCGAGCUGGAGGGGGGCGCCCUGCUGCUGGGGAGCCCGCCCCACCGUGCCGACGGCCCCACCGAACCCGGCCAGAGCCCCCUCGCCUUCCUCCCCAGCAGCCCAGGGCCCGGCCUGGGCGGUGCGCAGGGCAGCGGUGCGGAGCCCGCCCCCGCGGAGGCUGAGGGGCUGGACCCCGAGUCCUCGGAUGACACGGACCUCAGCAGCAAGAGCACGGAACAGGGGGCCGUGUCCUGCCGCAGUCCGCGCGAGAUGAACCCCAGUGCCCCGAGCCCGUGCCCCCAGGACCCCGGCGGGCCGCAGCCGGCCACCACGCGGCAGCUCACGGACGCCGACAAGCUGCGCAAGGUCAUCUGUGAGCUGCUGGAGACGGAGCGCACCUACGUGAAGGACCUGAGCUGCCUCAUGGAGCGGUACCUGCAGCCCCUGCAGAAGGAGACUCUCCUCACCCAGGACGAGCUGGACGUGCUCUUCGGCAAUUUAACCGAAAUGGUGGAGUUUCAAGUAGAAUUCCUUAAAACGCUGGAAGAUGGAGUGAGACUCGUCCCGGAUUUGGAAAAGCUCGAGAGAGUCGAUCAGUUUAAGAAAGUGCUGUUCUCGCUGGGGGGCUCCUUCCUCUACUACGCCGACCGCUUCAAGCUGUACAGCGCCUUCUGCGCCAGCCACACGAAGGUGCCCAAGGUCCUGGUGAAAGCCAGGACGGACGCGGCCUUCAAGGCCUUCCUGGACGCCCAGAACCCGCGGCAGCAGCACUCGGCCACGCUCGAGUCGUACCUCAUCAAGCCCAUCCAGCGGGUCCUCAAGUACCCGCUGCUGCUGCGGGAGCUCUUCGCGCUGACGCACGUGGACAGCGAGGAGCACUACCACCUGGACGUGGCCAUCAAGACCAUGAACAAGGUGGCCAGUCACAUCAACGAGAUGCAGAAGAUCCACGAAGAGUUCGGGGCCGUGUUUGACCAGCUGAUCGCGGAGCAGACGGGCGAGAAGAAGGAGGUGGCCGACCUGAGCAUGGGGGACCUGCUGCUGCACACGAUGGUGACCUGGCCCAACCCGCCCGCCUCGCUGGGCAAGUGGAAGAAGGAGCCCGAGCUGGCCGCCUUCGUCUUCAAAACGGCCGUGGUCCUCGUGUACAAAGACGGCUCCAAGCAGAAGAGGAAACUCGUCGGAUCCCACAGGCUCUCCAUCUACGAGGAGUGGGACCCCUUCCGGUUUCGGCACAUGAUCCCCGUGGAGGCGCUGCAGGUCCGCGCCCUGGCCAGUGCAGAUGCCGACGCCAGUACCGCGUGCGAGAUCGUCCACGUCAAGUCCGAGUCAGAAGGGCGGCCGGAGCGGGUGUUCCACCUGUGCUGCGGCUCCCCCAAGAGCCGCAAGGAUUUCCUGAAGGCCGUGCACUCGGUCCUCCGUGACAAGCACCGGCGGCAGCUCCUCAAGGCCGAGAGCCUGCCCUCGUCCCAGCAGUACGUCCCCUUCGGAGGAAAACGCCUGUGCGCGCUGAAGGGGGCCCGGCCGGCCAUGAGCAGGGCAGUGUCCGCGCCCAGCAAGUCCCUGGGCCGAAGGAGGCGGCGCCUGGCCCGGAACAGGUUCACCGUGGACGCGGACGCCGUGUCCGCCUGCAGCCCCGAGCGGGAGCCGCCCGGCGCGGGGGACACGGACCGGUGGGUGGAGGAGCAGUUCGACCUGGCGCGGUACGAGCAGCAGGACGACCUCAAGGAGACGGACAUCCUCAGCGACGAUGACGCGUUCUGCGAGGCCGAGGUCGUGCGCGGCGCCGAGGACGCGGACGCGGCGGACCUGGCGGGGCGGCUGCAGGCGGCCUCCCUGGGGCCGCGGGACCGAGGCCGCGGGGGCCCGGACGGCCACGCGUCGCGCAUGGCGCAGCUCAGGAAGCAGGCGGCGCUGGGCGGGCCCGGCGGAGGCCCCGAGCCCGCGGGCCAGGAGGUCGUCUGGGUCCGGCGGGAGGACCUGGCCGCUUCCAGGACCCUGAACACGGAGAUCUGACCCGGCUCCGGGCGCGCUCUGCGCACACGGCGCUGGCGGCUGACUGUGCGACGGAGCCGCGCGGCCCCAGGGACACCCCGACACCAGACGGCAUCGCUCAGCGCCUCCCGUGAGCGCGGGUCCUCCCUCCGAACACCCCGGGGCUUUGACCGACCCGGUGCAUCGGGGCCGGAAGAAUAAAAUGGAAGAUUCCGCUGCACGGAAGUCAGACCCCAGGGGCUCCGUGUGUGCGGAUGAGCCGGAGGGGUGGCAGGAAAAGUGCACACAUCACGGAAUCCGGGGCCGGUCACAGCGCCGCCUCCUGGGCGAACACGGACGACGCAGCGAUGCGCAGCCACGCCCGGCGCCCCGCCCUCGCCCCCGCCCCCACGUCCGAGGAUGUGUGUGUCCCAGGCAGCGCCCCACUUCCCCCCACGUCCGAGGAUGUGUGUGUCCCAGGCAGCGCCCCACUUCCCCCCACGUCCGAGGAUGUGUGUGUCCCAGGGGUGUGUCUUGAUGAGCCAUGUUUUCUCUUCUUUGUGGGUCUGUGGCUGGUCUCAGCCGAGCCAGUGUUGGGAAGUUCUAGUUUUGCAUAGAAUUAAUUACAAAGAUGCCAAACUCUGUGAAAAGAGAGCCAAAUGUAUCACUUGAAGAAAUAAAGAUGCUAUUUUUUUGUAUUUUGCCUGAGAGGCAGGGGCACAAACAGGAGUUUUACAAUGUUAGCGUAACGCUGCGUGAAAGUGAGGAUUUUACCUUUUACAGAGAGAAAGGGGGUGGUUCUAUAUUUAUAUAUGAAAGGCCGACGAGAUGCUCAGCCCAGGAGAGUUUGUUUCUUGGCUUGUUUGCCGGAGCCCCUGUGUGAGAGGGGUGCUUGGUUGAGUUACACAGGACACCCCACGGGGCAGCCUGUGCGUCUGCCUCCGGGGGAGCGGAGGGGAGACACCUGGGGGGUUGCCAUGGCGAUCAUGGGCUGUCCGUCAAAUUUACAUCUUCAUCCGUAGAUUGCCCGCCCUUCCCUGACCUUCAGUAGCCAAACCUCUUAAGAAAACAUGUCUGUGUAACGCUUUCUUCAUGCCAACGAAACAGGGUAAACACGCUAAAAAUCAACCCUCUGGACCGAUUUUCAAGUAGGGAGAACAAAACCUAGUUAAAGCACUUUCCAUUUUUUUUUUUUUUAAGAAAAGGUUUAUAGCUUUUUCCCUCCCACCCCCAUUUCACAAUCUCCACUUCCUAAGAAGGGUCUAAAUAAUAUAAACACUUCCUUUUAUGGGAAAAUAUCUAUUUGGUGUUGGACACAUCAGUAGGUACUUGACAGGCUGCCUUUUACAGUAGCUCUAGGGUAUCUUUUGUACAGACCGCGUGACUAUUUGCAGACGCAGAGAGCUCGGACGCGCUCGGUGCCGCUUGCUCUGCUCCCGCCGGCCGCCUCGGGUCCCCAGGGCUUUCAGCUUGGUCUUUGGAAACUUUUGACCCUCCUGAAUUUUUGCUAUAUCUUCUGAUUUUCUGAAAACGCUGUAGAAUGGUUGCUACUCCCCUCGUGUCUCCGCACUGUCCACGCGACUCCAGUGGGUGUGUGGGACGGAGGCGGGAGCCCAGGCUGCUGGUAGCUGCUUCGGGCCGGGCAGCGGGUCCGCGGGGAGCCGGGGAGGGCGUGGGCAGGGGCGCCGCGUCGCGUGUACAUAGGUCAUGACGUGUCCAUGUCCAAAGUUCUUAUAUAUUUCUUUUAUAAGCUGAAAGAAGGUCUAUUUUUAUGUUUUUAGGUCUAUGAAUGGAACGUUGUAAAUGCCUGUCAGUCGAACAAUAAAAUGAUCGGAAAGUG